GUCGUCUCUUUUUCUAUUUGCUAUUUCUUUUGAAAAAGAUGCGAUUACUAACGUCCGUUUUAUCUGGAGUUGCCCUUGUUUUCUUGGUUACAGCAAUCGAUCAAGAUAGUUUGGCUUGCACUUCGGAUACUCUGCAGUUGUAUUCACCUGUAAAUGCAGACACAGCAAUAACCUUGCAGAAACUUAUUGAUGAUGCUGCCACUCAAAAUGUAUCCACUGUCAUACUUCCUCCUGGCCAAGUAGUCUUGGAUGACCACACUCCCAUUGUACUUCGUCCAGGUGUGUCGCUCAAAGGUUCACAGGAUCGACCAACUAUUUUUACAGUAAAAGAUGGAAACAGCCAGCUCGGCUCCAUCCUGGUACCUCAUGAUAACGUGGGUUGGUCUAUUACCAACAUUGUGUUUGAAAACGUUAAUAUCCUGAUUGAACCUCACUCCAACGAAUACGAUUCGUUCAUUUUUGGCAACAUAUUCAUCAACGGUGGAAGAGGUUCCGUCAUUGCCGAUCGUGGUGAACAAUUAUACAUCGACGGCAACAUCUUUUUGCGCGAUGAGGCUCACGCUGGCACGGUCAUGAUUCCGUCUUAUGACACAACCAAUACUGGCAUUCUUUUCCAGACACAGAAGAGAAGUGUUAUUUCCAACAACAUCUUUGGCAUGGAUAUGCGCAAAAUAGCCGAUGUCAAGCCAUACGUCACGUCUGAACUGCAACGCAACUUGGAGGUUAUUGAGUUCUUGCGAUCCUGCCUGAACAAGCCGAUUGCCGAUGAACAGGGGUAUCUGGCUUCCGGCGUUCAGCUGUACAUGACCAACGGCAUCACCAUUAGAGAAAAUAUUAUGAACGGCACCUUUCCAGAUGUCAAAGCGGUAGCACAAGACCAUGCUAUCAGUAUUGUCGGAUCCAACCAGACUUACAUUUACCAAAACUUCUUUGCCGGCUGGCAAUUGGCCGAUUUUGGUGGUGCCGCCCGUUUCACCUCUGCCGUGGACGGUUAUUUCGUUUCGAACUACUUGGCGAAUACUGCCGUUAUGAUGUAUGUUGCCAACCAUGCAGAUUUCAUGCAAGUGAGCAACAUUGUUGUGCAUGAUAAUUUCUUUUACCGAUUCCUCGACCAUUCUUUCGACCCGCCGGCCCCUUUGGAUGGCUGGUUGUAUGAGGCUGUCACCUUUUUCGAUUUCUGGACGGCUCGCUACAAUAACACCAUCCGACCACCGAUCUGGAACAGCAGCGUUCCUAUUUCUCCUUGGGCGUCACAAAUCACCGUCGAGCAUAACAAAUUCGGUGCUGCUCCAGGAAUCGAUCCCAAUGUCAUUAGUCUCGGUAACCUGAAUCCCAAGGAAGCUUUCAUUAGCAAGAGUAACUGUUACGUGACCGAGCCUUUAUUACCCGCAUCCGAAACACCCGGUGUCGUCCCUCUUCUCUGGCGCCAACAGUUUGUGGAAAACGUCGUCACACCCUAUGGUGGCAAGAUUCCUAUGAAAGUCGAUUUUUACACCGACGAAGACUUGAUUGAGCGAGUCCCUGUGCACUUGCGUGACCUAACUAUCCCACCUUUCUGGCAAGCAUUCCAGUUGCGGAAUGAUUCUGUGCCUAUGCAUGAUCCCCACACACCCUGCAUUCAAUAAUGGGUGCCGAUUUUCUUUUGGGCAUCAUGCUGUCGUCCCAUCAUCCCGUCACGAUAACAGAAAAAUAAGAAAAAAAAAGGGAAGACUGACCCGUAAGCAUCGUGACGUAGGAUUGAUCUCAGUUAUUUAUGAUUUGAAUAAAAAAAAAAAGAAAGGAAGACGACCCUAAGCAUCGU